AUGGAGUUUCUCAGAAAGCUACGCAUACCCGUCCCCAAACGUCGCCCAGGACAACCAGCGCCUCAGGAAACCUACACUUUUCACCCCAGUGACGCCACGGGAAACGGCACGACCUAUGUGCUGAACUCGGUUGUGAAGAAUAGGAAAGGUGCCGCUCGGUAUACGGUGGCGACCAUGGCGCGGGAGACCACGAUCGCAGAUAAGAAAGGCACUGUCUUUGCGCGCAUCGAGUGGAAUCACGCGCGCUACCCACGCAUCAAGUAUCGCGAUUCCAAGGCCAUGAAGUGCAAGAAGUGGUUCAAGUACGGGGUGUCUAGGCUGACGCGCAUCGUCCGAGCCAACGGCAAUUCCUAUCGAUGGGCUCGAGUCGACAGGGAGGACGUAUUCACGUUCACCCGUGAAGAGAAGGACAAGUCGGUGCCUCCGGUGUGCAUAGCCGGCGAGGACGACAACGGCCGGCUGGUCGCGUAUUUCUUCGGUGAAACCAAGAGUACUGGUGCGGUGCUGGUCCAGGACGCUCUGAUCGUCGCCCUUGUGCUUCUGCACGGCAAGAAAGGCUGGCUCAAGCUCGGGCAGUUCGGUCCUAACCCGGAGAUCUACAUGAAGAAAUCGUUGGCGGUGACUCUCGCCUUGGUAGGGGUGGGGAAGGCCAUCAAGCAGGUGGUCCCUUAG